AUGGCGCCAAAUUAUAAGACAGAAAAGGUUACUAUAUUUGGAAGUGGUCUUAUCGGAAGGUCUUGGGCUAUGCUCUUCGCAUCUGUCGGAUACCAAGUGACAGUAUACGAUAUCAUCCCCAAGCAAGUGACGGAUGCCCUCGCAGAUAUAAAAGUACAGUUAGAGACUUUAGAAAAAGAUGGCCUGCUUCGUGGUGAAUUGACGGCAGCAGAACAGUUCCAGUGUAUUAAAGGUACAACGGAGUUAGGUGCAGCUGUAAAGGAUGCGAUUUACGUGCAGGAAUGCGUUCCAGAAGAUUUAAAUUUAAAGAUGAAAGUUUACGAACAACUAGAUAAAGUUGUGGGCGAUAAUACAAUCCUUGCCAGCUCUACGAGUUGUAUACUACCUUCGAAGUUCUCCGAAGGCUUGAAACACAGGUCUCAGGUGGUGAUAGCUCACCCAGUCAAUCCCCCAUACUACGUCCCGCUUGUAGAGGUUGUUCCAGCACCUUGGACUAAGCCAGAAGUAGCGAAGAAGACAAAGGAAAUUCUGUUGGAAAUUGGCCAGGAGCCAGUUGUACUGACGAGGGAAAUCGAUGGAUUUGUGCUCAAUAGAAUACAGUAUGCUAUUCUUAACGAAGUUUGGCGUUUAGUAUCCGAUGGUGUUGUAAAUGUAGAGGAUAUCGACAAAGUUAUUUCUGAAGGUUUAGGCAUGCGGUACGCCUUCUUGGGUUCUUUGGAAACUGCUCAUCUCAAUGCUGAAGGAAUGCAGAGUUACAUCGAAAGAUAUGGAAAAACAAUAAACAGCGUCAGUAAAACAUCUGGCGCUAUACCUGAUAUGAACGAUUCUAAAAGUGCUGAAAGUAUUUGUGAACAAUUAAAUAAAUUAGUGCCAAUUGAGAAACUGCCGGAACGUAGAGCGUGGCGUGAUGCCUGUCUAACACGUCUCUCUAUUCUUAAAAACGAAAUGAAAAAGACAUACAAAAAGUAA